AUGGGAUCCUCAGUGAGCUUCGCAAAGGUACCAACUCCCCAUUACACUUCCACUAGCAGUACGUACUCAGGAAGAAGAACCACUGACACCACCGCCACGCAGACAAUCCUCAUCCCCGCCGUAAUCGCCCUAACAGUGUACCUCCUCUUCUCCUUCGUGAUCAUCCCUUACUUCUGGCGCUACCACCAACGCUACUCACAAUACCUCCCCCUCCACUCCAUCUCCGCGCACACGCUCUCCCUCCGCGACCGCAUCGCCGACGGCGUGAUGCGCUUCUUCUUGCCGGCCUCGUGGCGGGCCCGCGUAGCUGACGACCACGAGAAUAUCAGCAUCGACGACGAGGAAGGGGAGAUUAUGGUCGGGAUGAAUAUGAAUUCAGCACGGAGGGAGGCCCUCGAGCGGAGGCGCAGUACGGCGGCCGAGGCGGAGGGGCGGCUGAGUCGCGAUCUGGAGGAGGGCUUUAUGGAUGAUAGUGAUGACGAGGUGGAUUCGCGGUCAAAUGGGCGGCGGUGA